AUGGCUUCUCCCGCAGCAGCAGCAUCGUUCCCCGCAAUAAUCCUCUUUGGCGACUCGCUCAUCGAGCAAGCUUACUCUCCGGGCAGAGACGGCUCGGGAGCUACCCUCGCGGAUGCAUAUGUCCGGCGUGCGGAUGUUCUAAACCGAGGACUCUCGGGUUACAACUCGGACUGGCUUCUGCCAUGGUUGGAGAGAGUUCUGGCCGCACAGAUAUCGGAGGUGCUUCUAUGGGUCGUGUGGGUUGGGACGAACGACGCUUGUCUACCGGAAUUUGUUCACCACGCACGUUUUGUCCCACUGGAAAGAUACAAGGAGAACAUUUGCAAAAUGAUCAAGAUGAUACGCGAAAAUGAGCGCUCCCAGCACAGUCGGAUUCUGUUCAUCACACCACCACCCAUCGAUCGAGAGAUGCUCGGCAAGUACCAUCGUCGAAAGGGUGCUGACAGGUCAUUUGACGUGACCGCAGAAUAUGCUGCAGCCGUCAAGGACUUGAUUCUGGACCUGGGAACGGACGACAGCCAUCUCGGGGUGCUCGACUUUUAUACUGUGUUUAUGAAGAAGGUUGCGAAUGCUCCACUCAAUGACGAAGGAUCGCCAUCGCUGAGGGAGUACCUGACUGAUGGGCUGCAUUUGGGGCCCAAGGGUUAUCAGCUGCUUUAUGGAGCAUUCAUGGUCCACGUGGAAAACCACUGGCCAGAGAUAUUACCAAAGAAUAUCCCGUUGAUGGUUAAGCUCCCCUUGCACAUUAGACCAGCAUGGCCUGAUACUGACGUGAUGGCAUAG